AUGAACGGCACACCCCAGGUUCGCCGAGGCGUGGGCGGCUUCCCAUCAACACCACAGAACACGAACCGCUCCCCCGGCCUCCAGAGCCCGAAUGGCACAACACCGCGACCCAACAUCAAAUCGCCCUUGCCAGACUUGCCCAAAGCCCCCGCGCAGUCAAGCUCAGGGCCCCUAAUACCCGCCGACAUCCUCGAUCCCGCCCAACAACGCUUCUAUGUCUUCGCCCUAUACGUCGCCCUAUGGGCAUACCGAACAUACGACUUCUAUACGCUGGCUGUCGAGGAGGACGAAUCGUUAGUGCUGUGCCUGAAAUGGUGCUUCUUCGACGUGCUGUUCAUGUUCGGCAUACCGCUACUGGAAAUUCCUUGGCUGGAAUGGGGCAACGGCGCCGCCUUCCUGCUGUUUGUGCUGCAUGCGGGCGUCGACGUCAUGCUCAUGUUCAGAAUUGGCAUACCGGUACAGGCAUGGCUUAUGGGGCUGGUGGGCUUCUUGUGGGAUAGCGAAUUGGCCAUCAGCGAACGGAGCGUCAAGCCUGGUGCUAUCCUACACAAUGCCUCCCUUAUUCUCGGAAAGCAGAUUGUCAACAUCUUGCCUGAGGGUUCUGCAGUCUUGAACCCAGAUAGGCAGUCGUUCUGUCUGAACUCGUCCGUCACCCAACUCGAAAUCCCGAUUAUGAUCAACCAGACCGAACCCCACGAGAUGGAGAUCCUGCGCAUCGACAUCGAUACCAAUGUCAACGAGACCAUCGUUGUUAAGAAGGGAGAGCUCAAGUCUAUGUUGAAGAAGGCUAGGAAGACGCAGAAGUCAUCCGACCCUGACGAUCCAUUGACUCUGGCCUACACGAUCAAGAAGCCAGGUGUAUACCUGCUCAAGAAGGUUACGGAUCAGUCGAAGCUUCUGGUCCGACCGCGGUCCACCAACGUCGUCGUGGCCACCUGCCCGCAAGCUCGAGUCAAGCCUACUGGCAACAAUCGCUGCCGUAGCGAUCUAUCCAACGUUGCACUCGAGGUCGAGGGAACGCCGCCUCUGAACGUCAAGUACCGCCUCACGGUGAAUGGGAAGCCCCGCGGCGGGUCUCAAUUCCAGAAUCUGCAGCCAGAUGACGCCAUCUCGCCCUUGUCGAAACACACAUCACAAGCACUGGUCAAGAGCGGACGCGAAGACAUUUCCUGGGCACGCCCGCACAAGGUUCUCGUACCUCUGAACGAAUCUCUCACCACUAGUGGCUCUUGGGAGUACGAAAUCGAGGAGGUGCAGGAUGGACUGGGCAACUUCGUGAGCUACCUGAACGUCGACGAUGACGAGCGCCCAAGGCCCAAGGUCGCAGGCAUUCGUCAACUAUUCGAGGUCCACGAGCGCCCUACAGCUUUCCUCAGAGGCUGUAGCCCACAGAACCCGCUUCGGGUACCCAAGGGUGAAGCUGCUCGUCUGCCCGUCCAGUACCAGUCUACGGGUAAAAACGCUAUUGACUCUGCGCAUACCGUUGAGUAUCUCUUCACACCCCAAGAGAAUAUCGUUUCGGAUGGCUACCACAGUCCAGAUGCUGUACUGCAAAAGCAGGUCAUGCGAAAGGGUGAGCAACCUACUAUCAAGGUCGCCGGUCUUUACACCAUCAAGUCUGUGUCGACCGACUUCUGCGAGGGUGAGGUUUUUGAACCUACUUCGUGCCUACUACACAAUCCGCCCGAGCCGGACCUCACGCUAGACAGCGAGGACAUCAUAGACAAAUGCGCGGGCAACCCCAUCGGUCUCCGCGUUGGCCUUGAUUUCGUUGGAAGUCCACCUUUCGUGGUCACCUACUCCGAGAAGAAAGACAACGGCCGAGAGGUCAGGCAGCCGCCACUUCAGAUUGCCAGUCUCCGCAGUACGAUCGAUCUUACGCCGACAGAUGCGGGUCAUUACGAAUACUCAUUCAAAACCAUCAGCGACUCGGUUUACAAAGAGAGGCCCCUUAGCAACAUCAAACUCCAACAGGACGUCAAGCCAUCCGCACAAGCAUACUUCAUUGAAAGCAGUAGACCUAAGCAAGCUUGUAUCGACGAUGUGGUUGAGUUUGACGUGGGCUUUGCUGGUGAGGCACCCUGGAAGCUCGAAUACGAAAUUGUCCACAAUGGCAAGCGUACGAAGCGCACCAUCGAGACCGAGACCGCGCACUACGUGAUACGAACAGACAAGCUCAGCAGCGGUGGCGAGUACGUCGUAGCUCUGACGAGUGUUACCGACAAAUCUAAAUGCAAAGAGGUUCUCAAACCCGUAGCUAGAGUCAAUGUUCGUCACGAACGACCCAAGGCGUACUUCGGGCACAUUGAAGGCAAACAAUCAGUCUUGGCUUUGGAAAGUCGACAAGUCGGACUUCCUCUUCGCUUUACUGGAAACGGCCCUUGGUUCCUAGAGUACGAAAACUUGAAGACCAAGGAGGUCAAGAAGGAUAGCUUCCAAAACCCCAACUCGUGGCUUGACGUCAAGACAGAUGGAACAUAUCAGUUGAUCUCCGUUAAGGACUCUGUUUGCCCUGGCUUGAUCGAUGAAAAGGCUGACCAAUUCGACGUAUCUUGGGUCGCACGUCCCUCGCUUAGUGUUCCUGAAAGCAGCGCGGUGCUGGAAGGCAGCAAAUAUAUUAAGGACGCCGUCUGCGAGGGUGACGAGGAUUCAUUCGAUGUGUCUUUAACCGGAAAUGCUCCUUUCGACAUUUCUUACCGACAGGAAUACAAGGACAAGAAGGGAAAGACAGCCUCUGUCAGCGAAAAGGACUUGCACACCGUUGGUGGUCUUGCAUCGAUUCGAUCCGAAACCUCCAAGGCUGGUACUUACGAGUACACUUUCCUGAAACUGGCAGAUGCCAGAUACGACCACUCGAAGAAGCACUUCUCGCCUAUCACGAUUCAGCAACAGGUUCACUCACGUCCUGGUGCUCGUUUCGAUAAACCUGGAAAGACAUACAGCUACUGUUCGCGAGAGUCAGAGGGCGAAGAAGUCAUCCCCAUUACGCUGGAGGGCGUUGCACCAUUCUACCUGGAAGUGGAGAUCAAACAUCAAGGUACCCCUAAGCCGGAAAUCAGCGUCCACAAGAGCAUCCCCACAAACAAGUAUGAUCUCAAGAUUGAGCACCGCAAGAUGCACCUCGGUCACUCGUCAAUUUCCAUCCGUAAAGUUCGCGACUCGCGUGGAUGUACCCUCAAGCCUCCGCCAGGUGGUCCCCGUGUGCAAAUCAGCGUUCAUGAUGCGCCUACCGCCACACCCCUGGAAGACCGACAGGACUUCUGUGUCGGUGAGCGCCUGUCCUUCGCUCUUAGUGGCCAAAGUCCCUUCACAGUAUACUACACCUUCGAGAAGCAAGAGCGCAAGGCCUCCAAUCCGGGCACUACUUUCCGCCGUCUCGCUGAGCUUCCAGGAUCGUUCACCAUCACCGGUCUACGCGACUCUGCUUCUGAGUGCCUUGCAGCGCUCGACCUUACCAAGACCAUUCAUCCAAUCCCCUCUGUACGUCUCUCUGGAGGUCAAGUCCACGAGAUCGACAUUCAUGAGGGUGGCGGUACGGAUCUAGAGUUCCAGUUCUGGGGUACACCGCCUUUCGAGUUUACCUAUACGCGAAGCACCAAUGCAAACAAGGGACGGAAGAGCAAAGUGCUGGAGAUCAAGACGGAAAUCAGUCAUGAGAUGAGUAUGAGCAUUCCAGUCCAGGAGGAGGGUACGUACGAGGUUGUAUCUAUCAAGGACCGGUGGUGCAGUUUUGCGAAGCCCGGCGAGGGCCAUGAUGGCAAAGGCGGACAGAAGAUGUUGACCUACUGA